AUGGAGAAGUUGAAACAAAAUUCAAGGGAUAUAAUAUUACAAGAAAUUGUAUCAAUUCCAAUGGUUGGCAUGAGUGUUCGAGUUUUGAAAUUUUGGGGUUUUCUUUAUGAACGAAAUUGGCGGUUGUAUUUUUCACUUUCUCUUACAACAUUAUUGAAUGUUACUCAGUUCGUUUAUAUGACAGUUACAAGGGAAGCAGUUGAUAUUAUUAUUCGAAAUGCUUAUAUGUUGGUUUUGUGGUUUAACACAGCUUUGAGAGGAUAUCUAUUGGUCUUUCAGACGGCAAAGUAUGAGAAAUUUUUAAGUGAUUUUAAUGGAUUGUAUAAAUCGCUAAAGAACAGCAACGACAAAGUUAUAACUGAGAUGUUAAAGGACACAAAUACUUUGGGAAAAAAUACUUCUAUUAUAAAUAUGGCACUUGGACUUAUGACUGUAUUAGGAUUUUGUACUUAUCCAAUUUUUGCUGAUACAAGAAUGUUACCUUAUGGAAGUCAUAUUCCUGGAAUUGAUGAACUUGUUGAUCCUUCAUUUUACAUAUUUUACGUUUUCCAAGUUAUCAUCACACCAAUUGGAUGUUUUAUGUACAUUUCAUUUGGAAGUUUGGUAGCAUCAUUGAUAAUGUUUGCAAUUCUUAUGUCCAAAGCAUUACAACAUCGUUUGAGAGGAUUAAAUGAAGACAUUGAUAGUUCUAAUAAAUUUUUGUUGAUGAAAAUAAAAUGGUGCAUUAUUUAUCAGAAGACUAUUUAUGAGUGUAUGUCAGCAUCAACAAUAACCUAUGUUUUCUUGGUUGAAUUCCUUUGUUUUGGGACACUGUUGUGUGGGCUUUUGUUUUUAAUCAAUAUUGCAGAAACUACUGCUCAAUUGACGAUAGCAGCUAUACAAAUAUCUAUGAUAUUUUCACAGAUAUUGACUUUGUACUGGUAUGCUAGCCAGCUCUCUGAAGAAAGUGGAAAAGUAGCAAAUGCUGCAUACGAUAUAAAUUGGUUUUCAAUUGAUAAGCCUAUGCAGAUGAAUAUUUUGAUGUUAAUAAUGAGAGCUCAAAGUCCUUGCGUCAUGACGGUAGGAAAUGUCUAUCCAAUGUCCUUGGAACUGUUUCAAUCAUUACUUAAUGCAUCGUAUUCAUAUUUUACACUUUUGCGUCGUUUCUAUGAUUAAUUUUUUAGCAUAAAUCAUUUAGAUUAUUUGUUUUAAUUUGUAAGCAAA